CACCCUACUGAUCCUGUAACCUCUGCAAACUUACUGGCUUGUUAAGGAUGCGUUAUGUAUAAGUUUGAAUCUAUAUCUUACGAUGGGUUAUCUGUUUUACAUAAUUCACGGGUUAAUGUUAAGUUUUGUUGUCGCGAGUUGCACUUUUAAAGCAUAAUCUGGUUUAUGUUCUGAUUGCUCACGAUCAUCCGUGUGGGACUUCUGGUGUCCGUCCAUGGCGAAAAUGAGGUUUACUCUGGUUGUUUCCUUCUUGAGUCUUUUGAAUAUUGAGUAUGCUGGUUCCGUUGAUCCUUUUCCUUGCAGCGAACGCAUGAGCAUCAAACUUGACCAGGGAAGCUACGAAGAAUACCCGAAUGGGAGUCUCCUCUUCCGCGGUGCCUUGUACACUUCUGACUUGUACUGGAAUUCCACUAAUGGAGUUUACAGGCUGUGCGUUUGUGAGAAACUCACUUGCUGGCGAAAAUGCUGUAAAGAAGGUGAAGCUAUGGUUGGUGACAAAUGCAUGCCCUCAGAUUUGCACAAAAUUAACCUGCCCUUCAGCCUCAGAAAUGAUGAUCAAGAUUUUACUGCGAACUUCUCCACUGGAUUUACUUUUAUAGGUAGACCAGACUGCCAAGAUAUGUUCGUACUCAAUCCUGAGGAGGAUUCUGACGAUCUCUAUGAGAUUUUGCCCGAUGGACGUCUGUACAUGCCCAACUACCCUAAUAAGUAUUACAACGUAUCUGUUUACUGUCUAGAAGCAACUGUCGUUAGUGAUCUAGAUCUUUCAAAAGUUUCAACGAUCUUGCCACGACUGUGUUUCCCUGAUGACAGUUCGGAAGAAAAGGACCACGAACCAUGUUGUGUCAUGUACACUUACGGCCAACUCAUAUCCAUCCCUUUUCUUGCUGCAACAUUGGUGGUGCUUUUCUGCGUCCAGCCACGCUGGAAUUACCAUAGGAAGAGUCUCAUAUGCUACAUAAGUAGUCUACUCGUCUCUUUUACCACUCUGACUUUCGCGCAGUGGAACAUCUUAAUUGCCGGAAGAUUUUGUACAAUUGCAGCGCUCGUAAUUCAGUUUGCUUUCUUGGCGUCAUUUUCCUGGUUGAAUACCAUGUGCAUUGACAUUUGGUGGACGUUUAGCGACUGGACAGCCUUUAGAAGCACUAUUCAGAAUAAAUCAGACAGAUGGAAGCUUACAGUUAGCUCGCUUUAUGCGUGGGGCUUUCCUUCCUUUAUUUGUUCCUUCACGGCACUGGUUAAUUACCUUUUUCGAAUGGCAAAAAGCGGCAGGCAACGAGUUAACAUUGUUUUCCCCGAUUGGAUGGAUCCUGAUAUCGGCGAAAAGAGAUGCUUCUUUGGGAGUAACCACGCAGAAUUAUUUUACUUUUACCUUCCAGCAGGAAUCCUGCUGUCGUUGAAUCUCCUCCUGUUUGUCGUGACAACGAUAAAACUAUACAAUAAAUUGCGAGGGAAGGGUGUUUUGAGACACCACGAUGGAAAAAAGCACGAGAAAAAAGAACGCUUAAGGCUGAUUCUCUACAUGAAGUUGUUUGUGUUGAUGGGUGUCAGCUGGGUGGCUGAGUUGAUCUCAAAGUUCUGGGACGAUAGUAUCGGACGUUUCCACUGGAUGGACCUGUUCAACACGUUGACCGGCGUCGUCGUCUUUGUGUUAUUUGUCUGCAACCGGAAGACACUGCAGCACUGCUUCCCCCACCGGCAGCUACGCAAGGAGACAACAAAGACCUCCACAAUCUCAAAGAUGGCUACUAGCAACUCAACGUCAACCGGGGAUCGUCAUUGCUGUCCCCGGCAGAGCGACUUCGAAGUGUAUGAACUCAAGAGGUCCGAUUCCAGCAACAGUGGCUCCUCAUCGACCAACAUUUUCUAAAAGUCUUGAUGUUCUAAAUCGUAACAAUGAGAACUGAGAACAAUGCCUCUCCGAUGUAGACUCCUUGUCUACCUACCUUUAUUAGGAUUAACUGUAACAAACUGCAAAAAAUCUGUAGUUUUCAAGAUGAUGUUUCAAAUAUAACAUCAAUGCAAUAUUAUGGUGAUUAGAGCAAGCAAAAAGGACAACAUCAUACAGAAAUAUUGAAGCAUCAAUCGGCACUCGUUCGCUUUCCCCCAGUUAUCAAAUUCAGAACACUGAACAGUUCGGCAAUCUCCGUUGCAAAAAAGUCACCAGAAACACUCGUGAAAUAGACAUGAAGAGCAUGUAAAAAAAGUGCAAAAAAAGGUCCUGAUUAGCAGGAUUUUGAAAAUUUUACGAGAUAUUUCAGAACAUAAAUAAGUUACAGCACUAGGUGCAAAUGAAAAGAACUUAUGAAAAACUACCUACCUAUGACAUCAUUUCCGUAACCCUGGAAAAAAAUAAUUUACCAUAGGAAAGGAAAAGAGUGGGGUGGAAGAUUUUAAUUAAUCUUGCGGUAACAUUAAUUAUUUAUAUUUUUCCACAAAAUACAAUUUCUUUAACGUAGGUAUUGUUUAAAUACAGAACUGUUAAAUACAGAAA